GCAGUUCGUUCCAUACUCCCGUGCAGAUCGGUUCAAGUCAAAAUUGACAUGCCAUAAUUUAUUAUUCUAUAAAACCAUAUAUUAUGGUAUAAAAAUCAAGUGCCCGAAAGAGACUGCCAUCAAGUAACUUAAAUUAUUAUUUCAACCAAAUAAAUCCAGUGGAGCAUAAUUAUAACAGGAUUGCGCAUUUUUCGCCAAGCUUUUGUUAGGAGACAGUACACAGCAGCGGUGGUAAGGUGACCAGCAGCACCAAGGUCGAGGAGUUUGACCUCGAGCAGUGCUGGGACGAACGCGUUCUACGGAAACUUCUGGAAGAGUGCAGCGACUACGAACAGCGACGUCGCUUACGUGCGCGCAUUCGCACACUCAUGGCGGAGCAAGAAGCGUGCACGAGUGCGGUGACGGAGGCGCUCGCGGCGGCGGGCGAGGACGGCGAGUCGCGCGGUGAGUCUCUACUUUUGCCCCUGCUGCACGGGCUGCUGGGCGCGGCGCGGGUCGGGGAGCGCGAUGGCGAGAGGAGCGGGGAGCGUGGCGGGGAGCGUGGCGUGGAGCGGAGUGGGCUGGCGGGCGCGGGCGCCGCCGUGCUAGCGGACGUGCGGCGCGCGCUCGCCCGCCUACGCGCCGCUCUCGCUCCGCCCGCUAACCACCCUCAAGCGCAGGCGUUGCUCAGCCUCGCCGACCGCCUGGAGGACGCCCUGGACGCCGCCGACCGCCUGGAUGGAUGUCCUCGCACUCGUCGCCGAAGACGCGCCUCGCGGCAUACUGUCGCCGUCACGCACCAAGACCUGGAGGAGGCGCGCAGACUUAUUUCUGACUCCCCCCCCGUCCAGAAGCCAGAACCCUCCGGCGAGGACAAGGCAUCCCACGCACACACCCCCGUCGAGGCUCCACAAAUGAGGCGCGAAGUGCACGUGGAGAGACGCGCGCCGGCCCCACGUCGCCCAGACUUCUUCCGGCACUCGGUCGCGGACACCGUGCAGCCGGACACCAUUCCGCGCUGGCCCGAAUCGAAAAGCGGCAUCGCGGCGAUCGCCAAUAAGUUCAAUUCCAACUUCGAGAAAUGCCCUCCCCCUCCGGUGAGGCGGGCGCCGGUGAGUCGCCCGCCCCCCGCGAGUCAGCGGUCCAUGGAAGAGACGCGACGUGCCCCGCUCUACCGUCCCCCACCCCCUACAUACAAUUUCGCAGCCCCCCCAUCCGCUGACGACUUAUCCAAGCCCUUGAACAGAUUCAACAGCAGCAAACGCGCCCGUAUGAAACGAGCAAACACUAUAGACAUAGGUAAGCCGCUGGGCGGCUAUCACAUCGACGUCGAGAACGAAGACGCUCACCGUGCGCCGGCUGUACCGGAGUUUCGUCCGAAGACAGAGAACGAUCGCAAGUUUCUCGCUUUCAUGCAAAAAAAUCAGGAGAACGAGCGCGCCUCGAUUGCCGGGCCGGCGAAUUGGAGCAGUCGGUUCGGUAACAUAAAGAACGCAUUCGAGAACCGGGAGCGGGAGCAACAGAAUACAAGAUCAGCAAGUGCAUCCUCAUCCUCUGCUAAACGUUUUUGGCAAGCGGGCGACGAGCAUACACAAAGGCCACGUAAAUUCCUUUCCGACAUUACGACAGACAUUAAUAGACCUCCUUGGGUAUCGCAACGCAGGGAACCUAAUCGAGCGCCCGCUGCACCUCCUGUACUACCCCCCAGUCACUCUUCCCCACUGCAAGCACCUAUUCAAUAUACAGCAGAAAAACCUUACAUUGCAAAACCUAUUCCAGUUAAUCAAUUUUCCCACGCCCCAAUGUCGCCAUUUAAACCUCCUAAGAAAAUUACGUCGCCUAUUUCCGCGCCUCCAAACGUGUGGAGUCCUCCCUCGUCGAAUAUUAUUAGGUCCCCGACGGCGGAAAAUCCGCCCGAAAGCGCAUUUAUGCCUAAAUCGUUUGUCCCUAGUCCCCCGGCCCCUAGAGUGCCCUGGGCAUCUGAUAACGAGAAGCCGAGAAAAUCGGUUGGUCACGUCGCUUCUAAAUAUGAAAGCGAAAAGUUCAUAUCGCAAACCGCUCCACCCCCAAAACUUUACAGUUACCAUCCACCAACACCUCCGACCCGCGGCACAUCUCCCCAAAUUCAAGGUUACCCCAUCAAAGCGAUUCCCAGUCAGAACGAUUUAGCCGCGCCGGAGCUCGUGAAAAAAAUUCACGAAACGAAUCCGCAUCGCAGCCCGGAGCCUUUUCCUGUACCUAUAGACGCUCAAAAGCUUCAAAUAGAGUUUUACGAGCGGCAAAUACGCGAAAAAAGUCGCCGCGGAUCGAUGACGAAUAGCGACCGGAAACCUCCCGCAGCCCCCGCUCCUCUCCCCACUUACACAGUAGUUGACUACACUCCUCCCAAUGCGACGGCCUCGUUCGUCCCCCUGCAGCAGACGCCCGACAUAGAGAAGGCGAAAGCGCACAAGGUGGACUACUUACCCGACGUUGUGAUGAACGAACGCGCAGGCGAGUGCCCGAUGACAAACGGAGAUGUGGAGGACGCCACGGAGCACGACAGCGUGGAGACGAAGGUGAUGAGAGGACCCGUGCGAGGCGCCGCCACCAUCACAACUGGCGUGCGCACGCGCAACGGUGCCGCUGACAACCUCAGCAGUGCGCUCCAGCGCCUCGCCUCCCCCAAACACGACAUCUUCCCUCAGAUGGAUAGACAUGCUCAGAAAACUCAGAGAGCGGCCAUCUCGCCGGGCGGCUCCAGCGACGGAAGCUCGAACGCGCGCUCGCCUGCAUCUCCCGCAUCUCCGCGCAAGCUCGCCGUUCGCACCAAGUCCAUGCACCUGCUGGCCGCGCCCAAGCUGUAUGAGGGUGGCAUCACUCGCGAACAGCUGCCGGAGAAGAAGCGCACGGUGGAGGCAUACUUUUCUGGGCGGGCGGGGACUGGAAGGGCGGGGGCAGGCGGCUACGCGCUGGGCCGCAGCCGCACCGUGGCCACGCUGUCCGAGCUGCAGCUGCUGGACGAGAGCAACGCGGACGACGCUUUCGAAGACCUGGUGUCGGCGCUCGCGUAGCCAACCGAGACAUUCCACUAGUUAGGAGCGGAACGAGACGCGUAAGAAGAGGAGAUAACGACGAUGACAUCCAGCGUGAGGAGAAACUCCACCGAAAAAUCCGUUAGCACCAGUACCACCAUCAAAAAUUCCACAGUGAUAGAAAGCAUUACGCGGCCGGCGCCUAAACCCGUUUCGCCAUUCGCGAAAUUCCGUCAGCUUGAAAAACAAAACACAAUCAACUCUCCCAACUGUAACUGUGGAUACGAAUAAGGACAACAAUUCGCCCGCGAGCCCGCAGAGCCCGCGCUCUCCGUCGCAGCCCUACUUCAAGUUCACGGAGCCCGCGCUGCAAGCCAGCGCCCUCACUAUUAAAGAACGGCUGCUGCACUGGUGUCGCGACAAGACCAGGGACUACGAGAAUGUGAAGCUGGAGAACUUCUCGACGAGCUGGGCGGACGGGCUGGCGUUCUGCGCGCUGGUACACCACUUCCUGCCGGACGCGUUCGACUACAGCGAGCUCUCGCCCGAAAAGCGCCGACACAACUUCACGCUCGCCUUCAAAAUUGCCGAAGAGAAGGCGGGCAUCUAUCCCCUAUUGGACGUGGACGACAUGGUCGCCAUGCGGAAGCCUGACUGGAAGUGUGUCUUCACAUACGUCCAGUCAAUCUACCGGCGGUUCAAGGACGAGAAAUAGUCCACGUCUUUACGAUUUAGCUGGAAUACGUGUAUUUUGCACAUUUGGUGUAUAUGAACGAUUAUAUUAAUUAAUAUUAUUUGUGUAUAGAUUGAGUACAUAUUUUUGUUUAGGUGCAAAAUAAACGUAUUCCGAUUUCAAAGGACCAGGGCGUUAGAUAUCAGUAGUUGAACGUUGGUGGUCGCAAAAAUGUAUUUAUGUGUUGUUUCGGUAUAAUUAAUUCGUCCAAAGAACGUUGUUGAAUUUUGUUGAUGUAUAUCAGAUGUUUAUGGUCAGUACCGCCCAACUCGCCGUUUCUCCAAGCGCUGUCUCGUGAACAGUCCUCCUAUUUAUUCUAAUCUCAAGAUGUAUGUGAUUUUUUAUAUAAAUUAGUUUGUAAGUUUGACUAACAGAUAUUAUUUCGAGCGAUAUAUUAAUGUACCUAGGUAAUGCAUAGUUCAUAGUUCUUUUUUUUUUAAAUGUAUUUUCGCUAUUGACUUCGUGAGAAUAUCCGAACGCACUAUCUGCGAGGAUCGCCUUCACUUAUUUAUCUACAUAAGCAAGUUGUAUCCUUGCCUUUAUUUCAGUGUGUAAUCUGCCCUGACGUUUAUUGUAUUUUUAACAUUACUUAUUUUUUUCUUUGACCAUAAUAACAGCGGCUUGACAUAAUCGCCUACUCUGAUUUAAGAAACUGACUAUUAUUAUUACUAUAUUUAUUAUUAAAUAUUUAAUUUAUACAAUUAGAAAUGAAAUAAAUAUUAUUAACAAUU